CCUCGCCCCGGCCCCGCCAGGUAGGUGAUGGAGCCCAGCGCAGGCAGCCUGAUCCCAGCCCCGCCUUGGAAGCCCCGGCGCGUCUGGGCCACAGAACUGGUGGGGGUGCCCGGGUCCUGGGCCCGCGCUCGGCUCCAGAGCCCAACAGCAGCCCGUGUGUGGCUGGCUUAUGCCAGGCGGCCACCUCCGAGGCCCUUGUACCCUGUGAGCGUGGCUCCUGCCUCUGGCCCCGGCCUCAGCCUCCGGCUUCCAGUAGCAAGUGGCUGGGGAACGGCCCCCAGUCAGGGCCCUCUGUGCCUAUGUGGUGCACAGGAAUGUGACCUGUGUCCUACAGGAGGGAGCAGACAGCUACGUGAAGGCCGAAUACCGACAGUGUGGAUGGGGGCCGAAGUGCCCGGGGACAAUCAUGUACCGAACAGUGCUCAGGCCCAGAUACAAGGUUGGCUACAAGACAGUGACGGACCUUGCCUGGCGGUGCUGCCCUGGCCUCACUGGAGAAGGCUGCCCCGAGCACCUGACGGACCACGGGGCCACCCCAGCCCAGCCAGAGCCUGAGCCCCAGAUUCCCUCAGGGCAGCUGGGCCCAGGGCCCCAGGCCCCUUCUUCUAGCAGAGCGGCCCCCAGCCCCUAUGGAAGGAAAGGCCCAGGGCUGUUUGGUGAGCGGCUGGAACGCCUAGAAGGUGAUGUCCAGCGCCUGGCACAAGCAUAUGGUACCCUCAGUGGCCUGGUGGCCAGCCACGAGGACCCCAACAAGAUGACUGGAGGUCCCAGGGCCCCAGUCGCCCCCGUGGGCUUCGGGGUCAUCUCCGAGGGGUUUGUGAGGCCCAGAGACAGAGCUGGAGGGCCGCUCCCACCCCCCCUCGACGAGAUCUUGAGCAAGGUGACAGAGGUGAGCAACACGCUCCGGACCAAGGUGCAGCUGCUGGACGAGGUGCACGGGCUGGCCCUCGGCCACGAGGCUCACCUCCAGCGGCUGCGGGAGGCCCCUCCGUCUCCGCUCACUUCCCUGGCGCUGCUGGACGAGUACGUGGACCGGCGGCUGCAGCGCCUCUGGGGGAGCCUGCUGGAUGGCUUCGAGCAGAGACUGCAGGGCGUCCAGAGCACGUGCGACCUGCGGGUGCAGGAGGUGCGGCAGCAGUGCGAGGAGGGCCAGGCGGCCAGCCAGCGGCUGCACCAGAGCCUGGACGGCCGGGAGCUGGCCCUGCGCCGGGAGCUGUCACAGCUCGGGACCAGGCUGCAGGGUCUGAGCGUGGCCGGCGGGAGCAGCUGCUGCAGCCGGCUGGCCUUGAUCAGUGCCCGCGUGGACAACCUCGAGAGGAACCUACGGGCGGUCGCUGAGGCUCGGAGGGGCCAUGGCCCCCUCGCCACGGAUGAGCUCGAGCGGCUCUCUGCUGCCAUGCUCGAGGGGGGUGUGGAUGGGCUUCUGGAGGGCCUGGAGACCCUCAAUGGGACGGAGCGCGGGGUGCGAGGCUGCUGCCUGGGGAUGGAGGAGGGUGGCUGGGAGGCGGGGGGCUUCAGGACCACGCUGGAAGAGCGGGUGCGGAGCCUAGAGGAGCGCCUGGCGGCGCUGGCCGGGGAGCUCAGCCACCACGGCGGGGGCGCGCCACCCCCACCGGGCAGGCCAGCCCGGCCCCUGGUGCAGACGGAGCUGGCGGUGUUGGAGCAGCGGCUGGUUUCCCUGGAGACCUCGUGCGCCCCCAGCACCACCUCAGCCAUCCUGGACAACCUCGCGGCGGAGGUGAAGGCCUGGCAGAGCCGGAGUGAGGCCCUCCUGCGCCAGGUGGCCGGCCACGCCGCCCUGCUCCGGCAGCUCAACGGCACCGUGGCCGAGGUCCAGGAGCAGCUGGCCGAAGCGACGGGCAGCUCGCUUCAAGGCGAGAUCACUCUGCUCAAGGUCAACCUGAACUCCGUGAGCAAGUCACUCACGGGCCUCAGCGACUCCGUCAGCCAGUACUCUGAUGCCUUCUUGGCCGCCAACUCGUCCCUGGACGAGCGGGAACGCAAGGUGGAGGCCGAGGUUCACGCCAUCCAGGAACAGGUCAGCAGCCAAGGCUCUCGGCUGCAGGCUGGCCACAGGCAGGUCCUGAGCCUGAGGGGGGAGCUGGAGCGACUCAAGGCUGGCAUGGCCGACGUGGCCGGCGGGCUGAGCCGCUGCCAGGACACGGCCCAGGAACUGCGGCACGUCGUGGGCCACUUUGACCAGCGGGUGGCUCAAGUGGAGGGUGCGUGUGGGAGGCUGGGCCUACUGGCUGCGGGCCUGGACCGCUUGCCCACUGAGUCACUCAGGCCCAGGGAAGGCCUGUGGGGCUACGUGGACCAGCUGAAUCGCACGCUGGCUCAGCACGCACAGGACAUCGCCCGCCUCCGGGAUGACCUCCUGGACUGCCGGGCGCAGCUGGCCGAGCAGGUGCGGCCCCGGCAAGCCGACUAGGCGGGUCGCAGAGGACCUAACCCUGGAUCCCACCAACCCUGGGGGUGUCCCUCCAGAGCCCAGCCUUGCCCAACAGUGCCUCCCAGCCUCUCCCUGGCCGGCAUGGAUGCCACUUCAGAGGCCACGGAAGGACUAGCCUUGGUCCAGCUCCACAGGACUAUCCCAGCCAUGAAAAUCAACACUCGUACCAACUGGACGAUUCAGGAUCACAGUCAAGGCAAGGACACCAUGCCUGAAGGCCAGGGCGGACCUAAGGGACCUCACAGUCCGGUCUGCAUUGCUCUUCUGCAGACAUACAGGGUCAUCACCUCUACAGAGGCCCGCAGGUCCAGUCCCACACGGCGGCCUAUCCACAUCUUCCUCUGUCCCUGGGCAAUAGCCCCCAGCCUGGGGAGGCUUCCGGUUCCCUCGUCCCUUUGACCUCUCUCCCUAGCCAUCUGGGCUCAGUUUCUGCAGGAAGGUGGCGCCCACUGGCACUGUCCUCACACCUGGCAGCUUUGUGGAUACAGUUUCUGAACCAAGGACCAGAGAUUUCCACCCCCCACCCCCGUCCUUCCAGACCGAACAGAAACACAAAGACUCAGCUGAGAGUUCUUUUUAUUCCUUUGGACCCUCCCCUCAAGUGAGGGCUUAGGCAGCUGUAGAUUCCCUGAGCAAAGGACAGGUCCAGACCAUGUGUUUAGAGACCCUCCUCAAUUUAUCCUCUUCUUUUUCCCAAAGAUGCUUCAUAGCCUCUGGUCCCCAUACCCCCGACUCCUCUCCAUUGGGGGAAAAUCCUGCCUGCCCCCGUCCCCAUCCCCAGGUCAGGGCCUCUCUCCCGAGUAGCCCUUGUAGACACCAUGGCCCAAUUGAGGCCAGACUCUGCAGAGGAGGCCAGGGGAGAGAGGGCCUAGUUUCCAACAUCCUAGCAAAACCCCAGCCCCACCUGGAAGUUCACUAAGUGGUGAGAUAUUCAAGUACGACGCCACGUGAACACUCAGGGUUCAUCCAGCCUGCAGAGUUCCCAGAGACCCUGAUGCCCAGCUCUGCUGAGGCUCCUGGCCUCAGUUUACCCAUGGCAGCACAGGCCCUCCUGUGCUACGUUCCAGGUCUCUGUAGCCCUGCCUUCUGGUUUCAUCCCUCCACUGUGGUGCUGUUGGGGGAGGGCUGGCCUGGAUUAAAGCUUUUAGCUCGUCUAAA